AUGGUGUUGCCGCAGCCAGACAAGUGCCACGUGUGCCUGACCACCAUGGUGAUCAUGACCAGCAUGGCCUUCAUGGACGCCUAUCUGGUAGAGCAGAACCAGGGGCCCAGGAAGGUAAGAGGCCAUUUUGUUUUUAUCAUUUUUAAAGCUAUAGGGUCCAUACCCCUGCUCAGAUGCUUUAUUGCGCAGUCAAAGUUGCCCCUCCCUCGCAUGCUUGCCUCACCUGGGACAACUUUAGAGAUUCCUGUUUUUCUACAGUCAAAAGACUACAAUAGCCACAAGGCUGUUGACAACCAAAGCAGACAUGACUGCAGUUGUUUAACAUAGAAGUCAACCUAUUUCCUGUAGUCUCCAAAUGAUUAAAUGUUUUCUUUCGUGUAUAAAGUUGAUUUUCGAUUUCUACUUCAAAUGGAGCAGACUUUGGUAAAAAUAUUAAAUCAAAUGAAAUAAUGUCAAUCAAAUAAGUUGACUCACCCACAUAAGUAUAUACCUGGAUGCACAUGUAUCAACUUUGAAACAUGGUUUUCUAUGUUUGGGCUAAUAGCUAUAGCUAAUGGCUUCUAUCUGAGCACAUGGCACGUGGUAAUUGUCUGCAAUUCACACCUCCCAUAUAGAUGGCAAUAAUUAGCAUAACACUGCUUGGCAUCUCUUUCCCUACAACCAUUCCGUUGUUCUUUGAGCAGAAUUGCUGCAUGAUUUUUUAGAACAGCUGGGAUACUUAUUUCGGCUAUGAACCCAGCGUGAACUGGCAGGAAUUAGCCCAUUGGUUGUUGCGUUGCCUCGCCUGAGCAGAGGAACACAACUACUGGGCUCGCUCCUCUGCCCAGGCAUUGCUGAUGCCUGCCAGAUCUUACAACGCCUGGAUAGGCACUGUAUUUUACAUAUAAGCUAACCACAUCAUAUGUUAUAGCAAUCUGUCAGUCAAUGACGUAGCACGCAACCAUUGGUUGAUCAGCCUGGUCUCAGAGUAAAACGUGUUAUAUUUACUAAAAUCCGUGCCAUUCCAUUUAGUGUGAUAUGUUACUUUACAUUGGGUUGCAUUACAUUGGCCUAUGUAAAUCCUGGACACUCAAAUUAGGAUGAUAUGUUACGUUUGGUAUGACAGUAGGUUACUUAAGGCAAAAACUAAAGGAGGGUGGUUGAUCGGGGUGGUUGGGUAGAUGUAUAACGCAAACGUCUAGCAACCCAAAGGUUGCGUGUUUGAAUCUCAUCACAGACAACUUGAGCAACUUUGCAAUAACUUACUACUUUGCAGCUACUUAGUAUGUUAGCUAACGCUUCCCCUAACUCUAACCCUAACCUUAACCCUUUAACCUAACUCCUAACUUUAACCCAUAACCUAACGUAGCAUAUCAUACUAAAGCAGUCAAACUUAAUAAAUCAUACUAAAGCAGUUGAACAUAAUAUAUCAUACUAAAGCAUUCUAACGUAAUAUGUCAUACUAAAGCAGUUAAAUGUAGCAUAUCAUACUAAAGCAGUCUAACGUAGCAGAUCAUACUAAAGCAGUCGAACGUAGCAAAUCAUACUUAUGCAGUUGAACGUGGCAUAUUAUACUAAAGCAGUCGAAUGUAGCAUAUCAUACUAAAGCAGUCAAAUGUAAUAUAUCAUACUAAAGCAGUCGAACGUAAUAUAUCAUACUUAAGCAGUCGAACGUAAUAUAUCAUACUUAAGCAGUCGAACGUAAUAUAUCAUACUUAAGCAGUCGAACGUAAUAUAUCAUACUUAAGCAGUCGAACGUAAUAUAUCAUACUUAAGCAGUCGAACGUAAUAUAUCAUACUUAAGCAGUCGAACGUAAUAUAUCAUACUUAAGCAGUCGAACGUAAUAUAUCAUACUUAAGCAGUCGAACGUAAUAUAUCAUACUUAAGCAGUCGAACGUAAUAUAUACUAAAAGUUCAAGACGUAGGAUACUAUACGUCCUACAAUUCGUAUUAUACUGUACGACUGCUAUUACAUUGGUAGGCCAAUGUAAUGUAACCUAACGUAAAUUAACAUACCAUACUAAAUGGAGUGGCAUGGAUUUUAGUCAAAUAUAAUGUGUUUGAUUAGGUUGGGUUGAUGCAUGCAACGUCUGAGCAGGGGAAUGCGACCAUUGUCUGGGAUUUAAAAAAGAAGAAAUCUAUACAUCACACAUUUUAAAAGUCCAACAAUAGAUGUACCAAUCGCAGACUGUAGCUUUGAAUUACACUUUAAAAAACAUAUUAUUUUAUAUUUUAAUGAAUGAUUUUACUGUUUUGACAUCCUUUGUGGUUUGACAUCUCUUUCAUUGUCUCUCAAUUGUUUAAAAAAAAAAGUCAUUUAAUGUAUUGUUUAACUGUAACAACUGUGUUACUAUUUUAAAUGCACGUUACAUAAAUACAAUAUGGUGUGCAUUUGUAGAUCGGGGUGUGCAUCAUCGUGCUGGUGGGAGACAUCUGUUUCCUCAUCGUGCUGCGCUACGUGGCAGUGUGGGUCGGGGCUGAGGUGAAGACCGCCAAACGCGGCUACGCCAUGAUCCUCUGGUUCCUCUACAUCUUCGUCCUGGAGAUCAAGCUCUACUUUGUCUUCCAGGUAGGUAACCUAAACGUUAGACAGGUGGGCCAGAAACCAGAGGGUUGCCGGUUCGAAUCCCAGCACCGACUAUAUACAAUUCUGUUGGGAAGCGGGCCGGUAACCAGAGGGUUGCUGGCAUCAGUAUCCCAUAUACAGUACCAUCUCCUUCCAUUGUGCCCUUGAGCAGGAUAUUUAACCUCUAAACUGAUCGAGAGACGCUGCACUACGACUAACACUGGUGUACAGUGCGUUAGGAAAGUUUUGAGACCCCUUGACUUCUUCGACAUUUUGUUAUGUUACAGCCUUAUUCUAAAAUGGAUUCAAUCAUUUUUUAAACUCAUCAAUCUACACACAGUACCCCAUAAUGACAAAGCAAAUUUUUGCUAAUUUAUUCAAAAUAAAAAACUGAAAUCACAUUUACAUAAGUAUUCAGACCCUUUACUCAGUACUUUGUUGAAGCGCCUUUGGCAGCGAUUACAGCCUCGAGUCUUCUUGGAUAUGAUGCUACAAGCUUGGCACACCUGUAUUUGGGGAGUUUCUCCCAUUCUUCUCUGCAAAUCCUCUCAAGCUCUGUCAGUUUGGAUGGGGAGCGUCGCUGCACAGCUAUUUUCAGGUCUCUCAGAGAUGUUCGAUUGGGUUCAAGUCCGGGCUCUGGCUGAGCCACUCAAAGACAUUCAGAGACUUGUCCAAAAGCCACUCCUGUGUUGUCUUGGCUGGGUCGUUGUCCUGUUGGAAGAUUAACCUUCGUCCCAGUCUGAGGUCCUGAGUGUUCUGGAGCAGGUUUUCAUCAAGGAUCUCUCUGUACUUUGUUCCAUUAAUCUUUCCCUCUAUCCUGACUAGUCUCCCAGUCCCUGGCUCUGAAAAACAUCCCCACAGCAUGAUGCUGACACCACCAUGCUUUACUGUAGGGAUGGUGCCAGGUUUCUUCCAGACGUGACGCUUGGCAUUCAGGCCACAGAGUUCAAUCUUGGUUUCAUCAGACCAGAGAAUCUUGUUUCUCAUGGUCUGAGAGUCCUUUAGGUGCCUUUUGGCAAACUCCAAGCGGGCUGUCAUGUGAUUUUUAAUGAGGAGUGGCUUCCGUCUGGCCACUCUACCAUAAAGGCCUGAUUGGUGGAGUGCUGCAGAGAUGGUUGUCCUUCUGGAAGGUUCUCCCAUCUCCACAGAGGAACUCUGGAGUUCUGUCAGAGUGACCAUCGGGUUCUUCGUCACCUCCCUGACCAAGGCCCUUCUCCCUCGAUCGCUCAGUUUGGCCGGGCGGCCAGCUCUAGGAAGAGUCUUGGUGGUUCCAAACUUCUUCCAUUUAAGAAUGAUGGAGGCCACUGUGUUCUUGGGGACCUUCAAUGCUGCAGAUCUGAGCCUCGACACAAUCCUGUCUCGGAGCUCUACGGACAAUUCAUUCGACCUCAUGGCUUGGUUUUUGCUCUGACAUGCACUGUCAACUGUGUGACCUUAUAUAGACAGGUGUGUGCCUUUCCAAAUCAAUUUAAUUUACCACAGGUGGACUCCAAUCAAGUUGUAGAAACAUCUCAAGGAUGAUCAAUGGAAACAGGAUGCACCUGAGCUCAAUUUCUAGUCUCAUAGCAAAGGGUCUGAAUACUUAUGUAAAUAAGGUAUUUCUGUUUUUUAUUUUUAAUACCUUUGCAAAAAAUUCUGAAAACCUUUUUUCACUUUGUCAUUAUGGGGUAUUGGGUGUAGAUUGAUGAGGAACAUUUUUUAUUUAAUCCAUUUUAGAAUAAGGCUGUAACGUAACAAAAUGUGGAAAAAGGGGUCUGAAUACUUUCCGAAUGCACUGUAUGUGUGUGUCUUGGUGGGGGGAUACCCACAGAGAUAUUGAAAAAGACACGUUUCAGUAUCUGUGUGACAAUAAAGUAUAUCUUAUAUCUUAUAGAACUACAAGGCGGACAGGAAGAGCCUGGAGACAGUGGCCCGGAAGGCUCUAACCUUACUCCUCUCUGUAUGCGUCCCGGGGCUAUACUUGGUCCUGGUGGCUCUGGACAGCAUGGAAUACGUGAGGACCUUCAGGAAAAAGGAGGACAUGCGGGGGAAGCUGUUCUGGGUGGCCCUGGACCUGCUGGAUGUUCUGGACAUCCAGGCCAACCUGUGGGAGCCCCAGCGGACCGGCCUGCCCAUCUGGGCCGAGGGACUGAUGUUCUUCUACUGCUACAUCCUGCUCCUCACCCUGCCCUGCGUCUCCCUCUCUGAGAUCAGUGUCCAGGGGGAGCACAUCUCGCCCCAGAAGAUGAUGCUGUACCCUGUUCUUAGUCUAGUUACUAUAAACAUAGUCACGAUCUUGAUCCGUGGGGUUAACAUGGUGCUGUUCCAGGAUAGUAGGGUGUCUACCAUCUUUAUAGGGAAGAACGUGGUGGCUAUAGCCACAAAAGCCUGUACGUUCCUGGAGUAUAGGAGGCAGGUGAAGGAGUUCCCUCCACAGGACCCUAGCAUGGUAGGUAUAGCCCUGGAGCUGCAGCAAGGGAACUCUGUGGGUCACAGCCACAGGCACAACCAGACCCUGCCCAAUGCCACCACUAGCCUCUCUGACGAACCAUCACCGACCGAGGUCAUAGACACAUGA